AUGGAAGCUUAUUUGUUAGGAAAGCCUUUGCCAGAUGUGGCGCCUAAGGUCGAUGAGUCGCUUGAGAAACGCAUUGCGCCCACUGACAAUAAAGCAGCACGUCUGCUGGUGCCCACUCAAGACCGCCUGCGAAAGCUGCGGGAAGAUCCGCUGCUGCUUAUCAAACACGCCGAGUUGGCUCAGCAGCAGGCCCUGGAAGCAAAUCCCCUGUUGCAGCCGCGGGUGCAAGGGGGAGCUGCUGCUGCUGCUGCUGCUGGGCAGCAAAGAAGCAAAAAGGAAUCUAAGAAGCACAAAAAGAAAAAGAAAAAAGAAAAAAGCCACAAACGCAAACACUCCAAAUAUAAAAGCCGAAGAAGCAGCAGCAGCAGCAGCAGCAGCAGCAGUGAGGACGAGGGCAGCAGCAGCAGCAGAAGAGUCAAACGCGAAGCCGUUAGAAGGUCUCGCUCCAGAAGCCGAGAUAGAGACUGUGACCGAAACAGAGACAGAGCAGCAGCAGCAGCAGCAGCAGCAAACAAGGACAGGCGCAGCAGACCCAGCCGCUCAGGCGCAGAAGCGCGGGAGCUGUCCCCUUCUGCUGCUUCACAAAGCGGGAGCGGCUCCACGCAAAAGCCCCCAGAGUCGUCGCAUGCAGCAGCAAAACCGAAUUCGUCUUCGGCGCAUGCAUUGGGGGGUAUCUCGAGGUGCAGAGCAGCAGCAGCAAGCGAAGCUGCUGCGAAAUCCUCUUCCGCGAAGGAGUCCGCUGCUGCUGCUUCUGCAGCAGCAGCAGCAGCAGCGCCGGCAGGCGGCUGGUGGCCCCACAAUGGACGGGGCUGGGUGCGAGCCGUCGCCGUUUCGGGUGUCUGCUGA